AAAUGGUGGUUGAAGAGAACAACAGCAACAACAACAAUGGUGGGUGGGCACCAAUAGGGUCUCCAAUGAAUGUGAAUGUGCAGAGCAGAGAUGACUCCCAUUGGACCAACUUUGAGAGUUCAGUCAACGCUGUCUCCUUUGGCUUUGUGGCCACUGCCAUCCUCAUCUCCAUGUUCCUUCUCAUGGCCAUCUUUGAGAGGUUCCUUAGACCCAACAACUCCGAUGAAUUCUCCCCCUCUGCUCGCCGGACUUCCACUGAUCUUGAGUCCCAGAUGGCCUUUCCCGGCAAGCUUGGCCACCCUUCACCCAAAAUGAGUGUAUAUGCAAGUGGAGUUUCAGUUCUGAUGCCAGGUGAUGAGAUUCCAACAUUCAUAGCACACCCUGCACCUCCACCAUGUUGCCCUGAACGAAUUUCAUUCCCUUCUCAUCAUCAUCAUCAGCACCAUAACACUUUCAACAUUUAGAGAUGGAGCUGAAUUAAUAUCAGAGUAGUCCUGCAUGCAUGCAUUUUGGGUUGAAGAGUAGCACCUUUUUCUUGCAUCCAAUUUUUCAUCCAUUGGAUCUUAUCCUUAAUAGUUCUAUGAAGAUAAAAUGUAUAUAUGAUUUAGUUUGAGCAAAUUGGUUUUGCCAUUCAUAUAUGUUUGAAAGUGCGAUAUCAAUUUGUGUCCAAAUUGUGCUUAAUUAUUGUCCAAUUAAUUAAGGAUGAAGAGCUUUUAUGGGAGGGACUUUUCUGUAAAUCAUUUCUCUCUAUCUAGAAGAUAUUAGUCACCUAAAUAUUGUAUGAUCAUUCAAGCCCAUUUGACAUGGUGUUACCAUGACAUCACUAGUCAAGAGUAUGAAGCAUUUAAUUGUUUAUAAAUUUUCAUUUUAUUUUUUGGUUUUUUUCCAUUGUCUUCUUCUCCCCCUUUUCUACUCUGGAUGAACGAAAAAUGUAAUAGUGGUAGUGGAUGUUCUUAUAUAAAAAGAGUAUAUGUUUUGGUCA